UAAUGUAGAGCCGUACGUCACAAUCUCAUCUCGCGAAACUGUGACGAAACUCUGGGAGAGCAGGCCGGUAAGAACGGUGGAGCUGUACAUGUAAACAGCGAUCUGGGACUGCGGGUGUUAUGAAGAUCGGGACUGUCCCGCGAAAAGCGGGACGGCUGGGAGAUUGUUUUCACGUUCAGAAUGUGGCGGAAAAAUGAAAGCAGCCAAAGUACACGUCCAUUGUAAGAGAGCUCGAUCCUUUGCCUUGUCCCACUCAGGGGAGACUCCAUUUGGAGGCUUUAGCUUACACACUUAUUUCAUCUUCAAUGUUUUCUCUCUCAAGAGCAAAAUCACUACCCUGGCCCAAAGAAGAGCAAAAACUAAACACAUUUCUUUGAAAAACAUUCGUCGAUUUAUUGGGGUUCCGCCUAAAGGAAGACAAUUCCUUAAGUUCUGGUUGCCAGGCAAGAUUUUAAGAAAACAAAGCAGAGUUUUUCAUCAGGAGGCAGCGCCUAACGACUUGAACACUGACAUCAGCAAUAACAGAAAUCUGCAGUUGAAAGAAGAAACUGUGCAGGCUCUCCAUAACGAUGAAAGAAAGAAAAGCUUUGUGAUCUUGAAGAGCCAUCAACGGAAACCUUCCUCCUCUGUACAGCAAAAAUGCUUCGCUGCUCUAAGCCUAAUGGGAAGGUGCAAUUUGUUAUCUAAGGGCAGGCGGCUUAUAUUUAUGAUGCAUAAAAAGCUUUCUCUGUUUACGAUUUACGGUAGAUUGCAAUUCCUAAAACUCAGAAGGAGCAGCAGGAACUGCAAAGCUUUAGAACCUAAGAAGCCGCGAUAUCGGCGAGAUUUUUGGAGUCGCUGCCGGAGAUCUUUUCGAGACAAGUUUCACAAAACUGUUUCUUAUUUAAAGUCAAAGCUUCUGAGACCUGCGCAGGAUAUAAGCAGGCCAUCCGAUAUGAACAAUAAUACUUUGGGGAUUUUAUGUGAAAAACAACAAUGUACAACCAACAGCUGCCUAAGAGAUGAGACUGUUAAUCUGCAGAAUAUUGACGGUCAGAUUGUAAACGUUUCCUGCAAACCCGUGUUAAAAAUCAGCCAGCAUCAGCUGCAUGGCCCUGUUGCUACGUGGGAAAGUGAGAGCUCGGUUUCUAGACAAAUUAAUGACAUUCCUGCAGCAGCGGGUUAUCCAGAUGAUGUAUAUAUUUUGGUGACAGAAAAAGAAGUCUCUGUGUCAUGUCAGGAGGACACAAACACACAGGGAGGGGAGGGUGAUGAACUAAUGCAUAUGGCUCCCGAUAAGUUGCAGUUGUCCAUUAAUGAUCAUACCGGAUGCCAGGCAACCACUCCUGUGGAGAUGCUGGAAAACUGUGAUGAUUCUUCACACAUGGAUGUUGAAGAAUCCUCAAACAUGGGUGUGUUUAAUACAAAGCUGUUGGAUCACCCUUACUGUAAGAGUCCACCGCAAGACACACAAGACUGCCCACCUGAAGAGACUUUACAAAUGCUAGCAAAAGACGGGGUGAAGAAUGGCCAGAAUGUAAUCAGCAGUGUUUCAGAUGAGCAGCUAGCAUCAUUUAUUUGUGGCCUUCUGGAUGAUAUCAUAAAAAAAUAUGGAAGCCUGAUUCCGUUAUCAGAAAAAGAUAUGUUGACUUGUUUAAAGGAGGCUUUUAAUGAAGAUUUUUCCAACAGAAUAUCCUUUAUCAGUAAGGAGAUAACAAAGUACAGAGCCAAGCAUUCCAAAGCUCCCACGUGCAAUUUUCGUGUUUUCUAUAAUAAACACAUGCUUGAUAUGGAUGAUCUUGCUACUCUAGAUGGCCAAAACUGGCUUAAUGAUCAAGUUAUUAACAUGUAUGGUGAGCUCAUAAUGGAUGCAGUACCUGACAAGGUACAUUUCUUAAACAGUUUUUUUCACAGACAGUUGGUUACCAAAGGUUAUAAUGGGGUAAAAAGAUGGACUAAAAAGGUGGAUUUUUUCAAGAAAUCUCUGCUGUUAAUUCCCAUACAUUUAGAAGUGCAUUGGUCUCUCAUUACUGUGAAUAUCCCACAAAAAAUAAUUUCAUUUUAUGACUCCCAAGGCAUCCAUUUUAAGUUCUGUGUAGAGAAUAUACGAAAAUAUCUACUAACAGAAGCCAGGGAGAAAAACCACCCAGAGUUUCUUCAGGACUGGCAAACUGCUAUUACAAAGUGCAUUCCACAACAGAAGAACGACAGUGACUGCGGUGUGUUUGUGCUUCAGUACUGCAAGUGCCUCGCUUUAGAUCAGCCUUUUCAAUUUUCUCAAGAGGACAUGCCUCGCGUGCGCAAAAGGAUUUAUAAAGAACUAUGUGAACGCCGACUAAUGGAUUAAACAUUAAAGCUACAUUUCCUUUCCCUUGGAAUCGAAGCUCUACUUGAAUAGCAUAAUACUCUCACAGCUUUGAAGAAAAAGAUUCAUAAGGGCGGUUUAUACCCUCCAUCGUUACCUCACAUAUUUUUUUUUUUCCCCAUUUUGGUCAGUUGUGGGACAUGCCAUUGGUCAGCUGUGAGACAUAAAAUUCUCAUGAAAUAUUCAUGACAUUUUGUUUCUUGUAUUUAAUAUUUAUUAAGUUCGCAUGCAAUAAUGCAGAGCAUGCAGCAGUAAAAUUAUAGUUUUGAUGCACCUUUGACUUGUAGAUAGAAGUAACAGUUUAAUUUGUCAAAAAAAAUUAGAAGAAUUCUUUUUGUUAUUAAAAUGGCUGUAUAAAACUGA